CCCUCUCCCACAAGCAAAAGAUUUCUGCGGAGUAGUACUACUGUUCCCCGGCCCCCUCCCCUUCUUCCAUUGAUUGCUCUGCUUUUCUCCACGCAGCGCGACGCUGCCACCGCCGCCGCCUCCUCCUCUCCUCCACACGGCAAGGCCACGAACCAACCCCCGUCCCCCCUCUCCUCGCAAAUGCCGCCUGCCUGCUCCGGUGCUCGCGCGUGAGCGAGGGAGCGCGGCCGCCCCGGCCUGCUUCCUCGGGUGCCCGCGUGUGGGCGGCUAGGGCGCGAGGCGAGCGCGGCGGCCCGGCCGCGCGGGGGCGACAUGGGAGAGAUGGAUUUGAAGGCCGCGGUGCUCUCCUGGUCGGUCCAGGAGGUCACCGACGACGACUCCUACAGGGGCAAGCAUUCUUUCAGGAGAGUUUGUGCGGGUUGUUGUUCCUGAUGGAAAAGCUGUAGAUGCAAUGGUUCCAUAAACUGUGAAAAGGACUUCCACUCCCCUCAAUGGGACGGAACAUGAGAUACGUGCACUUCCAAUUUUGCAGUUUACUGUCUUGUAAUUGUCCUAUCUUUACCUGGUUGUAACAAAAUGCAUUCACGCUAAGUUUUUUUUUGUACUUUUCAUGCUAACUUAAAAAAAAACAGUAGUUAACCAAAAUUGAUUGAACAUGAGGAAUGAAGUGAGAUUGAGAAAUCUAAAGGCUAAGAACUGGUAGGGAGUGAUUAGUUAGUAGUACCUGCACCCAUUGGCUUCGUAAAUUAAUUCAAUGCCAAGAAGGCAUGGGCAAUGCUAUUUUGGUUUCUUUGUAGCUUCGUCACAUUACAAUAUUAUUUCUGUAAUUGUAUCACUGUUUUUGGAAUUUUAUGUAUUGUGGUAUCGUCACAUCCAUAUAAUGUACCCAGGCAACGUAGUCACAUCCAUAUAAUGUACCCAGGCAACGUAGUUUCUUGACGAGUAAACUAUAAGUUACUGGAAUUUUGUGUUUGAUGUAUGUCCAGUGUCAACAUAGGAUUCUUAUGUCACAAAAAUGUGAUUCUGAAAUAAUUACCAGAUUUUGAUCAUAAACUUUGUUACUACACCACUUAUCAUAUAUACCAUGACUACUAUGGUCAUUUCCAAUCAGUUUUUGAUCUUCUCCAAUUUGCCAAAAGGUGAAAUUCUAAUUUGUUGUUAACAAUGGUCUGAUGUGUUUCAUCUUGCUACUUUUGUUUAGAUUAUGGCUUUGUUUUAAGCUACGCUGUCGUGGUUCUAGUAAAAUAUUAUCAGCUCCUUUUCUUCUGUUGAUUGGUGUCAUUAUCUCAAUGCAGGUAAACAUAGAUGAGGGGGAAAGCUUCAUCCUCUGUCUUCUCCCCCUCACUAUUUGCCUGCUGAGAACGCUGGAGGGCAUUCUUUACCAAAUAAGCUGCGUAGUCUAUCAUCUGAAGGGUUUGUUCAACUGUUAUCGGCUAUUUUUAGGAUAGUUCUGGUACAUCUGCUGCAAGCAGCUGAAGUUAAAAAAAUAGUUCAGUGGAUCACGAGAAACCUUGAUGGGAACAUGAGUUCUGAUGACACAAAUCCUGUCAUACAACAUGGUGGAUCAGUUGACUUUUCCCAAGGGAAUGACAACGGUGUUACUUCACGGGUCUCCAAUACUGUUACAUGCAGUACUACUAAGCUUCCAUUGUUUCAAGGAAAAGCAACUGAUAUGUCCAGUACAAAUUCAAAAAAAAAUGCUCGAGCUGAUAUGUUGAGAGAAAGCACAGAAGCAGUUUUUGCUGCAUGUGAUGCUGCACAUGGACGAUGGGCUAAGCUGAUAGGUGUUCGUGCUGAUCUACAUCCCAAGUUGAGGAUUCUUGAGUUCCUGAUCAUCCAUAAUACACCCUCUGUUUCUAAAUAUAAGAUGUCCCGCUGGUUCCAUUUAAUCUGUCAAAACGCCUUAUAUUUAGGAACGGAAGUAGUAUAAAAGAAGAAUCUAUAGCUGGUACAGAAAAGGUUAUUAAUUUUCUGUUUAAAUAAUAUGCACAGACACAUAUUAGUUUCAUAAAAGCAAGUUCUGAUAUUAUCUUAACCUCUUGUCCUCAUAGAUUGGAGGCAGGUUAGGUUACAACAUUCGUGGACUAUCAGCAUAGUGUUCAGAUGACAAAAACUAUGGCAGUUCUUGACCAAGAGACGUGGGUUGCUGUUGACGUUCCUGAAGAAUUCCAAGUGAUUGUUUUGUCACUGCCAUCAACUGAGGUUCUUGUUAAUGAUGUUGAGAUGCCUAGCACUGGUAACAACUCAAAGCUCAGUGAGGAUGGAGUUUGUACAAGUCAAGAGUCGCAUAUUCAACUGAAAAUAAUGUUGAAAAUCACAGUGGAACAUCUAUGAGGUAUUUGUACCGUGUGCCUCUGAUUGAAGACAUGGUCAGAUCUAUGGUCACGCCUUGAACUCAUCAGUGAAGCACCCUUGCUCAUGCCUUGAACUCAUCAGUGAAGCACCCUUGUUAAAAAUACUUUCCAUGGAGGUAACAGGAAAAUCAGGAUCAUACUUUAUGGAUGUGGAUUUUUGGGGCAAUGAUGAUGUUUUUCUACUGGGCUUAUUCUGCGAGGAAUGAUGACAUAUUUGUUUUGUCUAGCAUAAAACCUGAAGCUGCAGAGGACUUAAACUGCCAUGGUGUGACAUAUUAUUGUUUGGCAAUAGUCACUGAGGUUUCUAUGGUUGAUGAAUACCAGAACAGCUUCAGAGUCAAAGUUGCAAAGAAUAUUGGUCUGGACGAAGACUUAAACAAACUCGAACAUGCAAUAUUUCUCAAUAAUAUCACAAUAAACGUACGGAUAUGGAAAGCACUUACCUGCAAAACGCACAUGAAUGACAAUUUCACACUAAUCAAGUCCCUCUUAGCCCCCACAAAUCUGGGUGAGGAUGUUUGUGGUAUCUGUGUUAAACAGGAUGGAGUCUGUUUGGCUUCUUUCGCAGAGACAUCCGGAAAUUAUUGGGCGAGGAUGCUACUGAAUCUGUGAUCUCAGCUGUAAGAUGUGGGCGUGUGAAGUGUAUAUGGGGUCCACCAGGUAUGCAAAGAAGCUGGAUUCGUGACAAGUUUAUUUGAGAGAUUGGUUAUGCUCAAAUUUGAUAAACAUUUGUUGAAUAUACAGUAUCACAUGAAUCCUUCUGUUAGCUUAUUUCCAAGUGCUAUGAGAGGAAGAUUUUAGAUGGUUCCAUUGUCAUGUCUCCUAGUUGUGAUAAGGAUUACACAUGCGUCCCUUUUGUCAGCUACACGUUUCUAAAUGUCACUGAUGGAAGAGAAGACGAAGAGGGCGCAUGAAGCAGUCGUAGAAACAUGGUUAAAGUUGCUGUUGUUUGCAACUAAUCCAUUCCAUCUUUAAAUGUUGGAUAAGGACAGACCAAGGGCUCAGCAUAGUCCACGGUCUCUCCAUAUAUUGCUCAAGUUGAUGCAAUUAAAAGUCGACCUGCCAAAAAAUAUGACACAUAUGAUGGCUUUCAUGUGCGGGUGAAGUCCAUUGAUGAUUUCCAAGGAGAAGAUGAUACAUCAAUACAAUCAACUGUUAAGAGAGGAGUUGUAGGAUUUCUUGCUGAUAACCAAAGAACAAAUGUUGCUCUUACUAGAGCAAGGCGUGCAUCAAUUUAUUCGGGACCCCUUGUUUUAUUGCUGCUCAAAGUAUGUCAGACCGAUUCUACAAAUUAUCAGAGAGAUGUAAAUGUGUUCUCAGUGCCACUAAUGAUGCAACCAUCUGUAAGUUGGUUCUGCAAGUAAAGCAAGAGCUUGAUGAACUUGACGAUCUUCUUAAUGCUGAUUCAGUGGGUUUCAGCCAUACCAGAUGGAAGUUAUUCAGUGAGGGACAAUUCGAUAUGGCUACCAUGUGCUUCGAGAAGGCUGGUGAUGCACACAGAGAAGUGCACAAGAGCUGCCGGACUUCUAGCCACGGCUGACCGUGUCAUCUCAACAAAUUUGGAGCUGGGCAAGGCUUCAUUGCAAACAACAUCAGAGAUUGACAGAGUCCAUGAAAGCUGCUAAUUGCUAUAUCAAAUUAGGUGACUACAAAAGAGCAGGUAUGGUCUAUAUGCAAAAAUGUGGUACUUCCAGUUCUGGACUUGAGGAUACUGAUGAUUAUUUUGCUAUCGCUGAAUGCUGGUCGGAGGCAGUGGAGUGUUCUUCAAAGCUAAAUGUUACACCAAGUGUUUUCCAUGUGCUCGGAAGGAAAACAAUUAUGCAAUCUGGAGGAGGAACAUUUGCUUCAGAAUUCAAAAUCCUUGAGGUUUCUGCAAUUAGAACAAAGUAUCUGGAUAAUUGUGCUCAAGAUUAUUUUGAGCGUGUCGUCAUAAAGCAUAGGAUGGCUUUUAUUAAAGCUUUCAGCUCUAUGGAUCAUGUACGGACAUUCCUAAAUUCUACGAAUCUUGUUGAUGACUGUCGAGUUUAGAGAUGGAAAUGUAUAAUUUCCUAGAAGCUGCAGGAAUAGCAAAGCAUAAAGGAGAUGUCUUGCUGGAGGUAGACAUGCUCGAGAAGGCAGAUUUGUUUAAGGAUGCAACAGGGCGUCUCCAUAUCAUUGUGGAUUCUCUGUGGUCUUCAAAUGGUAGAGGUUGGCCUCCCAAAAGAUAUGCAGAAAAGUGACAGUUGCUUGCAAAAGCCAAAGAGAUGGCGAAAAAGGUCUUUCUACUGUUUUGUUUUGCGUGGAAGCUGAUGCACUGUCAGAUGUGAAUAAGUCUCUACCCAGUUUAAAUCGCACAUUGGUUGAGGGCAGAAAUGUCCAAACUAUUGGUUGAACUUGUUGCUUCCGGUUUGAUUCUUGAUGUUCAUCUUCAUUCUCGAGCCUCUGGAUACAAUAUAUAGAAUUAGGGCCAGGAUCUGAAUAUGAAAACAGUAGUAAAGAUAUGCUGGCCUCUAACCAGAUGUCACCCCAAACUCUGUUUUAUGUUUGGAAUCACUGGAAGUUGAUCAUAAUCAAAGUACUGUCUCAUCUUCGCCACACCGAUGGUCCAGAAUUAAAUGAUUAUGCAGUUAUGUAUGAAGAUCUUUGCGCCAAGUACUUUGGAUUGAGAAAAGAUGGUGAAGUUGACAGAUAUGUGGUGCUUAACAUCAAUGCAAGUUGGCUUUCUAUUGCUGGCAGAAAUUCUUUGCAGCAAGACGGCAACAGAUGUUUAUUGGGUGUCCCUCAGUGUCAUUCAUGUGCUCAGUGUUUCUGGAUGAAUGAGCUGUCUUCUGUUGGUUUCAGUGUACUUAAGAAGUUGGAGUCCGCUGUCGAAAUUUCUCUGAAGCCUGCAUCUUCAUAUACACUGGUGAGAACUAUCCUUAUCAUAAAUGAGAUAGCAAAGUUAUUCGAAGAACCACAGUUCAGUAUUCCAAAAAGUUCUAAGAAGUUCAGAAGCUUUUUUAUUCUCUGUGAGUGUCGCUUCUUCGAGUUAGUUUUCCUUGUGUGGAGAGAUGGGACAAUGGGGAGCCUCUUGUGUCUACUUGACUCACCAGCUGCAUAUGAAUUGAUUGCUGAUUCUCUUAGUGCAAAUCUUUGCCCGGUAAAUAAAAACUUAACUCAUGGGCAUCUUGGGAGAACAACCAUGCUUGUGCUUCAUGCAGCACACUUGGGCGAAGCGCGACUUUCAUGACUACUACAGUACCUGGACAAUAGUUCUGAGUAGGCAGAUUUUUUCUGAUAUUUGCAGUGAUUUCAAGAUAGCUGGCUUCGCCACUGGGUGCGUGUGUCCGUGCUGCAGCGUGUGUGUGUGUGUGUGUGUUGUGUGCGCGUGUGUUGCUGAUGCGUGUUAGUUAUAAUAUAAGUCAUGUAUACCCCUUUGUAUUUAUCCCGUUGUAUAAGGGGUUUCCUGCAUAUGUACCACACCUGUACGUAUAUAUAUAUCGGCCUAUGGCCUCAUGGGAAUACAAGUUGCUUAUUCCUAACAUGGUAUUAGAGCUAGGUCAACUUUUUGCACGCUGCAACUCGUGCUGAUCCGUCUCGAUCGAAGCCGCCGGCUCCCUCUCGCUCGAAGUUUCCGUCGCCGCUGCCUCUCCUCUCGAUCUCUCCUCCCGAUCGGCGCUGUGUGGAUCGCCACGCUGGGCUGGGCCGCUCCCUCUCCUCCACGCUGGGCUGCCCCGUCCUCCCUGCUCGAUCGAAGUCGCCGGCUCCCUCCCGCUCGAAGUUCCCGAUCGGCGCUGUGUGGAUUGCCACGCUGGGCUGGGCCACUCCCUCUCCUCCACGCUGGGCUAACACGAACGGGCUCAGCCUACGCGAUUGUUGAUCGCUGUGAUUCCCGUGCCAGAUCCCGCUUCCAGCCGCCGUCCUCGUCCGGCUUUCUGCUGAUUUUGGAUCUUUGCUAAAAAAAAACAUGUUUGCUGCAUCAGGCUACGUUGCUGUCCCUCGCUGUCCGGUGAUCUUCGAUGGUACCAACUACACCGAGUUCGUUGGCUUCAUGCGCAUUCACAUGCGUGGCAUUCGUCUCUGGGGUGUUCUUUCUGGCGAGGUCUGCUGUCCGCCACGUCCGGUCCCUCCGGUGGCCCCUACUCCGCCGACUCCACUGGUUCUUCCUCCGGACGCUACUCAGGCCGCCAAGGAUGCGGCUAAGAUUGCUGAUGAGGCUGCUGAUCGUGCCUAUGAUGAGAGGGCUUUGGCUUAUGAGGAGGCUCUUCAGACGUAUCAUGGUGCUUUGUCUGUUUACACCCAGUGGCUUGAUGAUGAUGCUCGUGCUGCAGCUGUUCUCACUGCUAGUGUUCUGCCUCAGUUUGCUUCUGAGUUUCUGGGUCUUCCUACUGUCUUCCAGAUGUGGACCUGUCUUCGUCAGCGCUAUGAGCCCUCUGGUGAUGCCUUAUACCUUUCUGUGGUUCGUCAGGAGCAUGCUCUUCAGCAGGGUGACUAUACUGUUGAUGACUUUUAUGCACAGAGUUCUGCUAUCUGGCGCCAGCUUGAUUCUCUCCGCAGUGCUGGUUGUCGUACUUGCCCCUGCUGUCAGGCUGUCCAGGCCGAUUUGGAGUUUCAUCGCGUCUACGAGUUCCUGUCUCGGCUCCGUAAGGAGUUUGAGCCCCGGCGUGCUCAGUUGCUUGCUCGUGGCCGUAUUUCUCUCAUGGAGGCGCUUUCAGAGAUUCGUGCUGAGGAGACUCGCCUACGUGGUGCUGGUUUGCUGGAGGUUCCCUCUGUGCUCGCUACUCGGGUUUCUUCCACUCCGCCGGCUGCACCGCCCCAUUCUCGCUCGAGUGCUCCGCCGCUCUUGCCCACUCCUUCUGGAGGCUCAGGUCGCCCUCGUUCACAUUGUGACUACUGCAACAAUGAUGGUCAUAUUGAGUCCCAGUGCUACACCAAGCGAAAACACCUGCGCAAGGCGCGAUCAUCCUCCUCAGGGACUUCGUCAUCUCCCUCGCCAGCUUCAGCCAUUGCUUUGACUGAACAGGAUAUUCUGAGACUUAAGCGUCUGCUCGCGGCUUCAGGUUCUUCCUCGACGGGUACUGCUGGUUCUGUGACUGAUGCUUCCCGCACUGAGCACCCGCCCUCUACACAGUCAGGAUCGUCGCACGCACACUCUGGUUGGGGCUGGCCCUCGCCACUGCCGACGAUGCCUCGACCAUCAGCAGUAGCUCCACCAGACGAGCGUCGUCUACGUCGCCGCAACCUCCAAGAUGAAGCUGACCAGAAUGCAUGUGUCGACACCGAACCGCCGCCACUUCCACCGCCGCUUGAGCAGCCCCCGAGCAACGCCUUCAGGAAGGAGCACGCCACCGUGCUAUCGUCGUCGCUUCGAACAGGGGGGUCUGAGGUUUUCACCUGA